AUGGAAUACAGAAAUGUUUCCGAGAACUGCAAGGAGAUCUCUGCACCCUCCUCUGACUCCAACUCUCUGCCAUUCCCCAUAUCUGGCACAGAUCCUUUGGCUGGACAACGACCUGGGGCAGCUCUGGGGAGACCAGCAGCUGCAAAUGCAGCCCGAGAGCGCAGCAGAGUACAGACUCUACGCCAUGCCUUCUUGGAGCUGCAGAGGACCCUUCCUUCUGUGCCACCUGACACCAAACUCUCAAAGUUGGAUGUGCUGCUCCUGGCUACCACCUAUAUUGCCCACCUCACCCGUAGCCUACAGGAUGAAGAAGAAUUGCCUGGUGAGGGCUUGGGCACACUGAGAGGGGAUGGAUACCUGCACCCCGUUAAGAAAUGGCCAAUGAGAUCAAGGCUUUAUAUUGGGGCUACAGGACAGUUUCUGAGUCAUUCAGUGCAAGCAGAAAAUGCAAAUCCAGGAGAAACUUCAACAAACUUACAAAUGUAA